UGGAAUGGGGUGUUUCACAAGGCGCCGGUGCAAGCUAUAAAAGCGAGGCACCUCUUGCAAAGAGCAGCACUGGACUGGAGGAAGUGCCAUCAGCUCUCCCAGCCAAGGCGCCGACAUCAAGGCUGUCAUCCAGCUCCUACAGCAAGGGAUCCAAACUACAGAAGUCCUACUGAGAUGGGAAAAAUCACCAUUUACGAGCAUGGCAACUUCCAGGGCUUAAGCAAAGAAUUCACCAGGAGCAUUGCCAAUCUCAAAGAUGUAGGUUGGAAUGAUGUUGUCUCCUCUGUGAAAGUAAUUGGCCAGCCCUGGGUGGCUUAUGAGCACGUCAACUAUACAGGCCGGUUCCUGGUACUUGAGGAGGGAGAACACAGCUUUGUUGGUAAGGAGAUGAACGAUAAGAUCUCUUCCCUGCGGCUGAUCACUGAAGAUCUGCACCAUCCCCAGAUCACUCUCUACGAACAUAUCAACUAUCAAGGGAAGAGCAGGGUGAUAAGAGAAGCAACCAACCUGGCUAGGGGACGUGACAACGACACCAUAUCUUCUCACAAAGUCCAGAGAGGUGCCUGGCUGCUGUGCGAACACAGUGAUGGAAGUGGCCUUCGUUACAUUGCGCGAGAACAUGAAAACCUCCCGAAUUACACGACCAUCAAAUUCAAUGACAAGCUUUCCUUUCUGCGUCCCCUCCGCCCCGGCAAGGCAUAGGGCUCUUAGGCUGCAGACCCUGAGGGAAGCUGAGCGCUGAGGGAAGAUGCAGCCCCAGCAAGAAAAUUCCAGCCGCCCCUGCCCCUGGCAUUCCCAUACCCUGCGCUGUCUCAUGGAAAAGCAUCGCGUGUUGCUUCUGCUGCUAGAUGCCUAAACAAAACGCUAGUAUAUAACCAGUAUCACUUACUUUGUCAUUUGUAAUUCUUUUUACAAUGCACUUCCUUUACCAUGGCCUCUGCCGCUUUUUUUUCUGUAUCCCACUUUGUGCUUUUGCCAUUAAAGAAGAUCUUGAAAGCAACAA